AUGGCAAAGUUGAACGAAAUCACUACCUACAUCAAGGAGUGUUUGCAAAAUGACAGAAAGUUGCAAAAAUUGGACAAAAAAAUUUUGUCCAAGUUAAUCAAAGCUGUGGAAGUUUCUAACCUCGAUGCCAAAGCACAAGACGCUAUUUACACGGUUAUCAAUGAUAGCAACGUGAAAGAUAAGGAGACUCCCUCUUCAGACUCAGAGUCUGACUCUAGUUCAAGCUCAAGCUCGUCAGAGAGUAGCAGCGAUGGAGACGAUGAGGAUUCUUCUAGCGAUGAGGAUUCUUCGAGCAGCGAUGAGGAUUCCUCUUCAUCAGACGAGGGAGAAGAAGAAGAAGAGGAAGACGAAGACGAAAAGAAAGAGGUGAAAGAGAAGAAAACUGAAACAAAGACUAAAGCUUCCGACAAGUCUGACUCUUCAACCUCUGAAACAUCUUCUUCGGAUUCUAGCAGCUCGUCCGACUCGUCAGACUCUGACUCGGAUUCAGACUCCUCCUCCUCUUCUUCUUCUUCUUCUUCAUCAUCAUCUUCCUCCGAGUCAUCUUCAUCUUCAUCAUCCGACUCCUCCAGCUCAGACUCAGAGUCAGAUUCCGACUCUUCAUCUUCAUCUUCAUCAUCAUCAUCAUCAGACUCAGACUCAGACUCGGAUUCCGACUCCUCUUCUUCGUCGUCUUCAUCUUCAUCAGACUCGGACAAGGAGGGUGAGAAAGACAAGGAGACCAAAAAGCGCAAAUCCGAAGGGGAACUGUCUACUACAGUAAAGAAAGUCAAAAUCGAUGAAAACCUUUCAUCAUCAUCCACAUCAUCAUCAGUUACUGAAUCCAUAAAAUCGCGAUCAAUUUCGGCGACACCAGAACCAGAAUUAAAACCAGGCCAAAGAAAACAUUUUUCAAGAAUAGAUAGAUCAAAAAUUACAUUUGAGGACCAGGCCCUUUUGGAUAAUACAUACAAAGGAGCAGCUGGUACAUGGGGUGAAAGGGCAAGUGACAAAUUGUUACAAGUUAGAGGCAAAGAUUUCACAAAGAACAAAAACAAAAUGAAGCGUGGUAGUUACAAAGGUGGUAGUAUUACACUUGCUUCUGGAUCAUACAAGUUCACUGAUUAA